CCACCUAGCGUAAUUUAUUACAGACCAAGACUCAGUAAAUGUGCGACCUGUCAGCUGUUGUUGUUGAAUUACCAAAGAUUGCUUGCAAACACAGUGCAUAAUUUAAAGAUCAACUGUAAUUUAUCCAAGGCACAUAAAAGCACCAUGGAUUUAAAAGAAGAAAGGGCAACUACUCUGCAAUACAAUAUUAAUGGGUGUGGUUUAAAAGUCGAUAAAUAUGAUACUGAAUAUGCAAAUGGCCUAGAAGAUGUCACCGAGAGUGACUCUGACGCAGAAGUAGAAAAGCGAGCUAACGACAUUGUUAAUGAUGUGAUUGACUCUGCAUCUAUGAGUCUGCUGAGUGGUGGAGACUUUUCUUUAGCCGGUUCAUUGCCAGAUGAGAAAGCGGUUUCAUUGGACGAUGUAAAUGAAUCAUGUCAUGACAGUGAGAUUAUUGUUAAUGCUGAAAAUCAUCAAGACGAAAUUGUAGAACAUCAAUUAGAAGAAAAUGUGAAUGGUGGCAAUGACGAAGAGGAAUUAAAUCAAUCGAAUUCAAAUUCAAUCAGUGUACUUCCCAGGAAUAAAAAUGAAAUACAAACUUCUGAAGUGCCAAGUAAAGAACAGUCACCAAAAGAAGCUUUUAUGGAAGAUGAAAAAAGAAAUUCUAAUAUUGGAGAAACAAACUCAAAUAAAGAUGAAGAAAAUGUUCUGUGCAAUGAAAAACAGGCUGCAAAUGCCGAUACUGCUGUGAAAAGUAAUAUUCGCGUUUCUUUUGAUAUACCAUCCCAAAAAUCUACAGAAACUACACAAGAAGAAUGUGCAGACACGAAACAAGAAACAUCUUUAGGCGAAAAGCAAGAAGUGUCUGCUGAAACGAAACAGAUAGAAUCUGCAGAGGAAGUACAAGAUGAUUCUGCGGACGAAAAACAAGAUGAAUCUACAGACACAAAACAACAAGAAUCUACGGUCACAAAACAAGAAGAAUCUGCUGACUCAAAACUAGAUGAGGAGUCAUUGGAUAAUACUUCAAAAAAUGAUGAAAAGGAAGAAGAAUGGUUGGACGUUCUAGGUAAUGGUCUGCUAAAGAAAAAGACAGUCACAAAGGGUCAAGGGCGUGACACAAGACCAGAAAGAGGUCAAGAGGUGACUUUGGAUUUAGAAACUCGAUCUUCUGAUGGAACAAUUUUGGAGGAAAUGCAUUCCGUCACUUUUAUUCUUGGGGACCAUGAAGUGCCAGAGAGUUUGGAUAUGACGAUCAGUUUGAUGGAACUUGGUGAGAAAAGUGAAAUUACUUCCGACGCAAAGUAUUGUUAUGGCGAUGAAGGGAAACCACCUAAUAUAGAACCAGGAAUGGACCUCUGUUUCACUGUUAUUCUACUUAACAUUGAUGAAGGGCCAUACAACACCUCGGUGCCUGUUAGGAAGCGUCUUGAUUGGGUUGAUAAAAACCGUAACCGUGGUAACCAAUUAUAUCUGAAGAAGAAAUUCUUUGAGGCUUCAAAUGUUUAUUUAAAGUGUACGAGAGUUUUGCAGCAAGCUGCAAAGCAAGAGCAGCCGGACGAUACAAAAGCUGAAAUUGAAAUGUUUAGUUUAAAAUGUCACAACAAUCUUGCUGCUUCAUAUAUGAUGCUCGAACAAUGGAAAGAAGCGUUACAAGCUUGUCGUGUGGCUGAAGGAAUUGACCCAAGAAAUGUGAAAACAUUAUUUCGAAAAGCAAAGGUACUACAUCAGUUAGGAGACCUACAACGUGCUAUAGGUGCAUUGAAAAUAGCUUCUCAAAUUAAUCCUGAUGAUAAAUCAGUGCAGACGGAACUUUCAAAACUGACGAAAAAGCUUUCGGACCAAAAGUCUUCACAGAAGAAAAUGUACCAACGUAUGUUGGGUAAUAACAGCCCACCCCCCAAACCUGAGGAUAAACCAUCAUCAUCAUGGACAAGCACCGGACUUCUAGUGACUGGGUCACUGCUUGCAGUGGGUGGAGCUGUUUUACUUGGAGUCUUUCUUUCCCAUAGAUAAAACUAUGCUUUAAAACAGCCGUUUUAUUCUUUGGCUUUAAUUGUUUAUUUCACAGCAGUCUGUUCUUGUUUUCACCUAGCAAAAUAGAACUCUAGCAUAGUUACCACCAUGCAGUGAAUCAUGUCACACCAGAUGACUAAACCACAGAUAUUUCUUGCUUUUGAUACCGUCCAUACAAAGUAGUUUGGUUAACAUACAUUUGCGUAGUUUGCCUGCCAAUUUGCAUUCCGAAUGCAUAAUAACACGCUUGUACAUCGCGUCAGCAAUCAUAUGUGUGAACUCCACUUUAAUCUUGUUCUGAAGUCUUUAUGUAACUCUUGCUAAAUGUUUAAUAUUAGCAAUGCGGAAAACUUGAUUUGCUAUUACUGUGAACCUCUUUUUGUUUUGUGUUAUCGACCGUUUUCUUUAACUUGCAAUUGUAAACUUUCUAUCGAAACAUAAUUACUCUUUUUAAUGAAACAAUACAACCAAAUGUAGGUGUUGUGAUUGUGUAACAAUAAUAUUUCAUACCUUUUGUACAACAUGUUUAACACUGAUUGUUUUGUGUUUAAAAUCACUGGGAUUAAAAUUAGAUCUUUUGGUAAAUAUUUAUUUCAACUAAUUGUGUCCACUUGCUUUGUUAG